AGGGAGUAGUUUAUUAAAAUUAUAUGAUAGUAAAAUUAUAUCAUUUUUUUUAAAAAAAAAUAUCAUCAGAUUAUAUAGGUUUUUAUCGGGUCAAGCAGUAUCGGAUCGCGGGUAAGUUAUUGGUUUUGAGUUCUUACCAAAUUUUAUCAGAUUUUUACUUUGCAGGUUUUAAGUAAACCGAACCAAAUUAUAUACAUAUCACAAGAUUUACCAGUUUGACCACAUGUGUGGAUCGGGUACAAAAACACUGCUAAAACUAUUAACAUAUAUAAAUAUAUAUUAUUAAAUUAGUUUAAAAUACGUCAAGUAAAUCUUAUGUCUAAUCAAUUCAAAAAAUGUAACUUUUAUAAAAUAUACACAAAAUAUAAAGAUGACAUUGUAACAUAAGAGUGUACAAAAGAAUUUGGAAUAAACUAACUGAUAAAUUAUAUAAUUUUAAACAAAAAAUCAUUUCUUUCUUUGAUAUAAUACAACUUUAUAACUUAAUAAUGUACAUCAAAAUAUUAAUUUAUAUCUAACAUUGUUAUUACCCUAAAUACUCAUUCUUUGGAAACUUGGGUCAAAAUCUAAUUAUAAAUAUAGAAGCAUGCAUGUUCUCAGUUCUCUAGACUCUGGUAUUAGUCUCAAUUUUGACUUCCUCUAUUUAUGGUCGUCGGAGUGGCGGAUCCAGAAACAACAUUCAUCCGUGGAAAAACAAAAAACACUAUUACUACAUUUACAAAAUUAAAUUUUAAACAGGAGCAUUUUAAAAUUUAGUACAAAAUUACAUUAAUUAAAAAAAAUCAUGGUGGUCAAUUGUCCCACCCACUCAUAACGUAGCUCCGCCCCUGUGACUCACUUCAUUGUGUUUUAUUUUAAGAUUUUUUAGUUGACUUUUCCAAUGACAUUAGUUCUUGUUAAGACCUUGUUGCUUAGACAAAUAAAGAAACACACACACAAACUGCACAAGUAAAAUGUCUUCUUCCUCUCCGGACUCUCAUUUUCAAGAUGCUUCUUACUUCUUAGUCUACUUUAAAUUUAGUGUUUGUCUUGAACAAGAGACCUAAACAAGUUGGAGUACCCGGCUUCUCCUAUCCCCCAUUGAUCAGAAUGGACGUCAAAAUGGAAGACAAUCUCGGUGCAAGUCACCUUGUUACAACAUAUUUAUGUACAGAUGAAGCCAUUUAGUUGGUCCAUGAUGUUAUGAUGGUACCUUCGCCAUAUUCCCAUCACCAGCCUCAAGACUUGCUGCCCACAGAAUAUCCUAUAAGAAGCUUAUUUAGAUUCUUAAAUGCUGCCACACAAAUGCAUUGAGGCUUUGAAAACCACAUCUUGUCUUAUAAAUAUAUAUUUGAUUUAUCCAAAAAAAAUAAUUGAUCUGUUUUGUCGAUGAUUUUUACUCGGGGCUACUCAUACCAGGCCGUUUCUUUCAGGUCUUACCUCUGUAGGAAGUAAUAACUUAGCAGUCGGGAUGAAAAAAUCAAAUUCUAAGAAAGAAACAGAAAUGAAGAACACAAGAAAGUUGGAAGGAAGAAGUGAUGAAAAUUAAAGUUUCAAAUGUUUGGACUCAGUCAGAGCGGAAUGGGUAACAUACACUGAUUUAAAUAUUCAGUUAUUUUCAAGUAGCUUAUAUGUCUUACACGAACUAGUGACAUGAUGCAUCGAUCAGACUUUGUAUUGUAUUGAGGACAAGUAGUUUUGGUUGCCUCUCGAACUCCACCAUAACCUCAUCACCGUACUCGUAUAGCUUUAUGGUUUUUGUUUUGGGUAGUCUACAACUUGAUAACUCACAUAUGAGGCAAAGUUGCUAACACAUGUACUAAUGAAAUGAUAUCUCACAUAUGCAGUUUCUCGGAGAAACUUAUCUGUCUCACACAUACUAAUGAAAUGAUGCAUCGACAAGACUAUGUUUUGUAUUGUGGACAUAUGUUGAAGUCGUUUCGUUGGCCUCUCGAACUCCACCAUAACCUCAUCACCGUACUCAUAAGAUUCAGGGUUAUUGUUUUGGGUAGUCGUCGACAACUUGAUAUCUCAAAUAUGAGGCAAAGUUGUUAACAUGGUUCGAUAAAAACGUUUUCAACAACCUUAGUAGAGAAACUUAGCCGAUCAACCAUUUAUCCGAUCUUAUAUCGGUUGUUUUACAAAGGCGGAAACCUUACUCUUAGGGCCUUAGAGGCAUUCACGUAGUCCUCCCUCCUCGGUGUGAUAAUAUAGCACCUAACUUAGAGAUCCCUAAGAUAUAUAUAUAUAUAUAUAUAUAUUAUCUUUUCUUGAACCGAAUGACCAAAUUGGGUAGAGUUGCCUACUACUGUAUGGCUAAUUCCAAAACCCCUAGUAAUCUGAUGAAAUUUCUUUUAGAAAAAUCAUUGUUAUUUUUAGUAAUUAAACCCCUCAACUAAAAAUGAAUCGUAAAAAAAACUCUUAACUAAACAUCAUGUAAAAUAAACCCUCAACUUUAAUUUCGUUAACGUAUGUUACUCUCCGUCUAAAAAACCGUGACGGAGGGUGACAUACGUUAACGGUUUAUAAUAUGAGGAUUUUUAAUGUUGAAAACUUAGUUAAUGAUUUUUUCAUACAAUUCAAAAAAAUAGUUAAGAGACUUUAUCACUAAAAGUCAUUAAAUGUUUUAAAUUUUUUUUUUUAUCAUUUAUACAUUUUUUUAGAUUGAUAUAAGCAAACUAAUUUAUAAAUUUUAAUACAUUAUCUUAUAACCGAUUUAUAAAACUUCAUAAAUAUUUUAAUACUUUUACAUAUGAUUAAUAUGGUUUCACAAUGAUCUAUAAGUGUAUACAAUUUCAGAAAUAAAUGAGAAUAAAAAUAAUCAUGCAUUAUUUUUGGGGGUAUGAGAAGUAUGAGUCCGAUGGCAAAAAUCAUGAAAAUAGAAAAAAAUGCGUCAUACUCUAAAUAAGAAGAUUGACUUCAUGGAUGAAUUAUCCUCAACACUACUUAAGACUUAAUAUAACUUAGAAACUUUAAAUUAUUUGAUAUUUGACAAUGACGAUAUAAAACACACAAAUUUUCUUAUAUCACUAUUGCCAAAUAUCAAAUAAUAUAAUAUUUUGAAGUUGUAUUAAAUUGUAAGUAGUGUUGAAAAUUAGUAAAUUAGGAUGCAUAAAUUAAUGUAUUAAAAUUAUUAAAUUAGGAUGUAUAAAUUAAUGAAUUAAAAUUUAUAAAUUAGUUUUAAAGGCUUAUAAAUCAAUCUAAAACAAUGUAUAGAUGAUAAUAAAUAUUUUAAAACAUUCAAUUACUUUUAGUGAUAAAACUCCUCAACUAUUUUUAAAUCGUAAAAAAACUCAACAACUAAUUUUUCAACAUUAUAAAUCCUCAACUUAUAAGGAUCUCCGUCACGGUUUUUUAGACAGAGGGUAACAUAUGUUAACAUAAUUAAAGUUUAGGGUUUAUUUCAUAGAAUUUUUAGUUGAUGAUUUUCUUACGAUUCAUCUUUAGUUGAGGGGUUUAAUUACCCUUAUAAUAAUUUCCAAAGUGAAUGUAAAGUGUCUAUCACUAGUUUUACAGUUACCGCAGUACAAAGAUUACAAUUUCCUUUUUGUGCUAUUAUUGGGUAUUGGAACUAGAAUUUGGAAAUAGUUUAGUGAUUUCAAAAGUUUACAGAUUUUUUUAAAAUUUUGUAGAUUUAACAAAUAUUCUCCAAAUUUCUGUCAAAUAUUUUGUGUAAGACUAAUUCCUGAUUUCAUGUGUGUAAUUUUCUGUCAAUCUAAUGUAGUUUCUCUACUACACAAAAUUCAAUACUAUUUUUAUGUAAUAAUUUUCCAAUAAAUACAAAGUCUCGACCACAAACUUUAUAGUUGCCAGAAUCACAAAGAUCACAACUUCCUAUUUUUUGGUUUAUGGCAUCUCACACAAACUAAAAUUGAUCACCAAAUCGCAAAACAAAGCUCAACUUGCCAGUUUCAUGUAAAUUCAAACUUUCAUUCCAUACAUAAUCAAAAGGAAACAAAGUAAUAAAUCUUGAUCAAAAUAUUUAACAAAAUAAAAAUCAUUAAUCGCAGAGCCUUUAUUAAAUAAUACAUUAACCUUCACUACUCUCAUUUGUCUUUCGCCCUACUACACAGUCUCUUACGUUUUGACAUCAUCUAAUGGGAAAUCGUCGACUUUUCAUCGCUCUUUUCUGUUGUUUUUGCUUACCACAUAUCAUCGAAGCGUACCACCAACAAGUGUUCGUAGAUCAAUCGGGUCAUUCAAAUUUCACUAAAAUACAAAAGGCAAUUGAUUCGGUCCCAGUCAACAACCGCCAUUGGUUCUUCAUCAACGUUGCAGCCGGCGUUUACAGGGAGAAAAUAAAGAUACCCUAUGAUAAACCGUUCAUAGUAAUAGUUGGAGCUGGAAAGAGGAACACUAGAGUUGAAUGGGACGAUCAUGACUCGGUUGCACAAAGCCCUACCUUUGCUAGUGUCGCCGAUAACACCGUCGUUAAAAGCCUUACUUUUGUGAAUACGUACAAUUUCCCGAAUAAAGGGAAAGUGAACAGAAACCCUAGGAUACCUGCCGUGGCGGCGUUGAUCAACGGUGAUAAAUGUGCUUUUUACUCGGUAGGCUUUUCUGGAGUUCAAGACACCUUGUGGGAUGCUGAUGGCCGACACUUCUUCCACCGCUGCACUAUCCAAGGCGCCGUUGAUUUCAUAUUUGGUAACGGCCAAUCUAUUUACAAGAAAUGCGUGAUAAACGUGCUAGGAGCGACACUAAAACCGGGGGUAACUGGUUACAUAACGGCUCAAGGACGGACCAACUCGUAUGACGCUAGCGGAUUUGUGUUCAUGGACAGCCUCGUUUACGGAUCGGGGAAGGCUUUCUUGGGCAGACCGUGGCGCAGUUACGCUCGAGUGAUCUUUUACAACACAGACCUGACCGACGUGGUUGUUCCCCAAGGUUGGGACUCAUGGCACUUUGGAGGCCAUGUAUCUCAGUUGACGUUUGCAGAGAUUGGAUGCUAUGGGAGUGGAUCAAAUACGGGGAGACGUGUGAGCUGGGUUAAGAAGCUGAGUGGAUUCAGUGUUCAAAGUUUGAUUAAUCUCGACUUCAUUAACAGUGGUGGAUGGGUUCAAGCUUUGCCCAUUCCUGUUUGAUUUAACAUUUUUUAUGUUUACGUUGUUUUUUUUUUAGAUUUGUUAUUUAUCAUUUUCCAGGUUUUAGUUUGCUUAAAUGGAUUUAGAGUUUAUCUAGUUAUGCAUAAAAAGGAAGUAAGGAUAAGCAAGACUUACGAUCGGUUUUAAGGGUUGAUUUUACAUAUUAUUACAUACUAAAUAUCAAAAGAACGACGAUGGUUCGUUGUAUGUAAGUAUGUAACAUUAAACCUGGACUUAUACAUUGAAGGUAGGAUAUAUUCCCAUGGAAACACACAAGCAAUAGUAAUGAAGUUGAGAUUGUUGGCACUCCAACCUCCGAACGUUCCUUUGACAUUUUUUUCUGGUCCUUAAUAUCCUAAAAUUUAUGUUCAAACACAAAAUUAACCCUAUCUUUUUUAAAAAAAUUGUUAUAAUUCAUCCGAAAAGUUUAACUAAUUCACGUAAAAUGCUAUUACUUAUCUUUUUCGCAAUACGAUGAUUUUACUUAAACAUCCUCUUCUUUAUCACUUAUUUACAAUUGUCUUCAAUAUCACCAACUACCAUUAACAACCAAAAACAAGUUUUAAAUGUGUUAGAAAUCAAUUUAUACAUCUUCUAAUCUCAUUUCUUACAUACAUAAAUCAUUUAUCUUGAAUAUUGUCUCUUAUUUCAUUUUUAAAACUUAAAAUUUUGGAUUUCAAGAUUAUAUUUUCAUUAAAGUUGCCCAAAUUUAGUGAGUUUUGGUCAAUAACGAGUGUAUCUCUUUCAUUAGGAAAUUUUGGGUGUUUGGAGAAAGUAAGCACGAACCCUCACUGGAUCUAGGUAUAAUUUCUACUGAAAACAUAUCUGAAAAUAUUUGUGAGUUUUUAAGAAGUCUGCUAAUUGAUUAACUAUAAAAUUAAAUGUUCCAUUAUUUUUUGCUCAAUUGCAAAACUGAAAAACAGAUCUAGAGAAGUUUUUUUGAGAAAUCUUAUGGUCAAUGCAUAAGUUAGUUUUGUAAUUGAUUAUUUUAAAAAAAAAAUCAUAGAAGACUUUUCUAGAAGUCUACAAACUUUUCUUUGUCACAAAAAACAAAUUGAAUAGAUUUCUCGAGAAGUCUCCAAAAAACGAGAUUAAUUUUGUAAAUGACCAAAUUUUUUAAAAAGUUUGAUUUUUCAUGGACAACUUUUAGAAAAGUCUGAUGUGAGUAGAAUUCUUGAGAAGUCUUCUAAAUGUCACAUAAAGUCUCUAAAAUAUUGCAAAAAAAUUAUAAGAUCAGUUUACAAUUGAUAAAAAUAAUAAAAUAUUUAAUUUUAAAAUUAAUUAUUUAGCAUAUUUCUGGAGUAGUCUUCUACUAAGAGACGUUUCCAUAAGUGUACUCUAUUUUUAUUCCGAGAUUUUAAUCAAAGAAGUCUUUUCAUAGAAGACCUCUAAAAAAGAUUUCUCUUAUAAAGUCAAACAAGAUCAAUUGCAAAACUAACAUAUGUUUGCGACACUUUGAAGACUUUUUGCGACCCUUUGAAGAUUUCAUGUGACUAUAAGAAUACUUCUCCAUAAGUCUACUCACAACAGACUUCUCUAAAAAUAUUCUAUAAAAAGUUAAUUUCUGAAAAAAUUACCCUUUGAAGACUUCAUGUGACUAUAAAAAUACUUCUCCAGAAGUCUACUCACAAUAGACUUCUCUAAAAGUCUUCUAUACAAAGUUAAUUUCUGAAAAAAAUUUGGUCAAUUGCAAAAUAAACUUGAUUCUAAGAGUAAUUUUUUUCUCUGGUAAAAUCAAAAAUUUAUCCAAUUACAAAAGUAACUCAAUAAUUUACAAAUGAUGAAUUCUCAAGAAAUCUACUAAUUGAGUAGACUUCUCAAGAAACAUUCCUUGCUAAUUUCAAUAAGCUUACUUUUUAUCCAAAUUUAAAAUGAAUUUUGAAAAACUUUUUGUUCGGUCAUGUA